AUCAGGAGAAAAACAAGAUUUUGCUCCUAAAAAAAAGCGCAGGGGAAGAUCUUCUAUGAAGGCCGCGACUCUGAAUUCAGCACCUAUAACAGAAAGCAAGAGUGCUAGCAGAAUCUUGAUUGAGCCCGAGGUUCAGCCUUCUGACUUGGCUACCAGAAUCUCAAUCGAACCUGAGGAUCAGCCUUCUGACUCGGCUAGCAGCAUCUGGAUUGAACUCAAGGAUCAGCCUCUUGACUUGGAUGGAGAUGAUGCAACUAAUAAUUUGGCAGCAUUUGAAUAUACUGAUGAACUAUACAAUUUCUACAAGCUAACAGAAGAAGAAAGCCAAAUUUAUGAUUACAUGGAAUCACAGCCAGAAAUCAAUAUGAAAAUGAGGACUAUUCUUGUGGACUGGCUUGUUGAGAUUCAUUUGCAUUUUCAAUUAAGGACAGAGACACUCUUUCUUACCAUUAACAUAAUUGAUAGAUAUCUCUCAUUGAGUGAUGUACCAAAAAAAGUGCUACAGUUAGUGGGAAUAUGUUCAAUGCUCAUUGCUAUCAAAUUUGAAGAGAUAUCACAUCCUGAGGUACCUAGCAGAAAACAAUACUUUGUUGGGUCAAUGCCUUCUUGGAUAUAUCAGCUAAUGCUUAUAACAGAAAUCAGUUUAUUUCAAUGGAGAAAGAUAUUAUUCAAAAGCUACAAUGGAAUUUUACGGUUCUUACGCCCUAUGUAUUUUUAGUUCGACUUAUCGGAGCCUCUAUUGUGCAAGAU